AUGGGACGGGCGGGCGCGGCGGUGGCCGUGGUGGCCGUCCCUGGUGAGGCCACGGUGCGCAUGGUGGCGGACCAGAGCGGGACUGGCGAGGCGGUGUACACCUACGACAGCGUGUACGACGACAAGGUCCCACAAGAGGCACUGUUCGAAGCGGAAGGCCACUCGGUCGUCGACGCUGUCUGGUCGGGCUUCCACGCAUGCGUCUUUGCCUACGGCCAGACAGGCGCCGGCAAGUCGCACACCAUGAUGGGCUCGCUGGCAAGCGCAAGCGGCCACGGGCUCAUCCCCCGCAUAGCCGCGGCACUAGCCGAGCUCAAGGCCAGCGACGACCCCGAGGCCUCGAUCGAGUUCUCGUUUCUGGAGAUCUACAACGAAUCCAUCCGCGAUCUGCUCGCAGACUCCGCCGGGCGCCACGAGCUGCGGCUCCGCGAGUCGCCUCACACUGGGGUCUACGUCGAGGGCCUGACUCGUCUGGCAAUGGCAAACCAGGGCGCGCUUAUGCGUGCCCUGGAGGUUGGCAGUGCGUCACGGAUGGUUGCCGCCACGGCCAUGAAUGCAGGCUCAUCGCGCUCGCAUGCGGUCAUCGAGCUGCGGGUCGCCCGCUCCGACGGGCGCGCGGCACGGCUGCAUCUGGUUGAUCUCGCAGGCUCAGAGCGGCAGGUUGCAACCCACGCUGCCGGAGUGCGGCUCAAGGAAGCGUGCGCCAUCAACAAGUCACUCUCGGCACUCGCCAACGUCAUUGCCGCGCUCGCCAAGGCUGCCAAGGCCGGCCGGCGAGCCAACUUUGUGCCAUACCGCAACUCGGUCCUCACUCGGCUUCUCCAGUCGUCGCUCGGCGGCAAUGCUGUGACGUGUAUGAUUGCAGCUAUUGCCCCCGGCGCGGGCUAUCGCACCGAGACAGAGUCAACGCUGAGGUAUGCGUCACGGGCCAAGUACAUCCGCAACACACCCAAGCGCAACGCGUCGACGUCAUCGUCGGUCGACGUCAACGCGCUCCGGGCUCGUAUCGCCGAGCUUGAGGCCGCAGCGGCUGCCAGCUCUGAAGGUGGCAGCGCCGACGCCCACGGGCCCGAGCUCGCCGAGCUCCACACUCAGCUCGAUCGGCUGACCACCACCCUUGCCGACCGCGAGGCUGCCGCUGAGGCCGCCAUCGCCCGGCGCGAGGCCAUGCUCGCAGACUCAGGCAUUUCCCUGGCAGAGCUUGGAGAGGUCUUUGGCACCGGCUCGGCACCGUAUCUUGUCAAUCUCAACCCCGAGACUGCGCUCUCGCACACCAUUGUGUGUGUCCUUCGCCGCGACGUCAUGCUACUCGGAAGCGACGAGGCGGCGGCCGACAUUGCAGUCUCGGCACCCGGCGUGGCAGCGCUUCACGCCGAGCUGCGGCUAGCAAGUGAGACGAGGCCACAUGUCCAGGUCAAAGCGCUCUUCCCGGGCGCCUCCAUUCACAUCAACGGCAAGCUCCUCGACCCGUCGGCUUGCGGCGAGCUCUGUCCGGGCGAUCGGCUGGUCAUCGGCGCGGCGCUGGUCUUUCGGCUCAUGUGGCCGCACGCUGCCGGUCUCGAAUCCUCACCAUCGUUUACCUGGCACGACGCCGUGGCCGAGAUGGCCGGCGUGCUCGGGCUGGAGACGUCGGAUCACGCGGCGCUGGUGCUCGAGCUCGCGCGUCUGGUGUCGACGGCCAACGACAUGGCGGAAGGGCUCGACAAGCCGGUUGUGUUUUCUGUGGUCGAGGAUUCGGGCGGAGCGGACGGGGUGGCGGUGGCAGCCUGGUCGCGACUGCGGCCAAAGCAGCCGCCGUCGCGGAUGACGGUUGCCGAGUUUCGGGCGCGGCUGGAGGCCAUGACGGCGUUUGCGGCGCGUUCGGUGUCGUCGGUGGCGUUGCUUCGCGUCGGGGAGGACGAUCCGUUCGACGAACCGCAGCCAGACGUGCUGUUAGGGCGGGGGCGGUAUGCGCUCACGCGGGUGGCAGACCUCGAGCCGGCGUCGCGCCCGCUGGUGCUGGAUCCUGUGUUGCCGCGCGCGUUUGUGCGCGGGCAAGCGCCGCGGCUGUACGUCGACAUCUUUCUCCUCUCGAACGACGGCGGACACACGCGGCUUGCAGCGCCGCAGACGCUCGAUGCGUUCUAUGGCACGACGGUCACGGUUGUGGUCGCGGUUGUCCGCGCUGUUGGGAUGCGCAAGCGCACCGGCUCGGGCGUCUUUGUUCGGUACGACUAUCCCGAGGGUGACGAUGUUGACGAGGUCACGCCGCGGGCCGACGUCAAGCGCAGCGGCGAGGUCUUGUGGGACUACGUCGACAUGUUCGAGGUCCGUGUCGACGAGAACCUGGAGUGCUAUCUCCGCAGCAAGGAGGUUGAGUUUGAGGUGUGGGGACGAGAACGGGAGUGAGGCGCACUUGCUCGGUCGUUCAUUGGCGGCAGUCACUUCACUUUGUGGGCUUGGCCGAGGCAGCGGCGCCCGACGCGCCGUGGGUGUCGGCCAUUUCCUCGCGGGUCCGGCGGAUGAGCUCGCGGAGGUCCGAGUCCGAGAGCAUGUUGUUCUCGACGCAGUAGUCGAGAAGCUUUGCGUGGACGGCCUCAUCGGACCAGGGCUCGACGACGUCGACGGCGUCGGGCCGCAUAAAGAUGCCGGUCUUGGGCGGGCAGGUAAAGUAGCGGUGCUCGUGG